AAUUAUAUAGGGAAUAUAUGUAAAAAAUAUAUAAUGUUCAUUAUUAUUUAGAAUUUUAAUAUUGUUAAAGAUAAAAUACAAUGAAUAUAUAUUAUAAAAUGCAUCGGGAGAAUUAUAUGAGUAGAUGCGUCCCUGAUAGUAUCGUGAAGUUAUACUGCGAAAUAUUCUGCAGACUAUAAUCACGUAUACAUGCAUUAUAUGAUAUAUUAGUAUUAGUGAAGAGUGUAAGAGUAUAUGAAAUAAGAGUAUGAGUACCGUUACGGGGCAUGCGCCUGCAGCCACCAUAUCCAAAGGCCCCGCCUUUCAUGGUGCAAACGAUGCCUCUGGGAUUUGUCCUCGCUGGACCAAUGAGCAAGCGAGUUUAUCAUAGGCGACGAGAGAGGUGAGGUUAUAGGAAUCGAAAUGGAGGGGAGCAGACAGGAAGAAGGGUAACGAGAGGAGGAAGAAUUGAGAGAAGCGAGGGGUUCGGCAGAUCGUGUGGGAGCAGGGAAGCAGCAACGAAUGCAACUACAAUUGCUUACGAAACGCGACGUCAACGUCUAACAAAAUUUUAUUUAAAACACUUAUAGUGCUUUUUAAUGAUAUAUGAAACUCAAACGUGUAUAAUUAAAAGUUUAGUCAAACUUAGAGUGGAAUCGUGUAGUGACAGUGUCUACGGCGUGUUCGAAAACGUGAUAGGUGUGACUGCGCAGUCGCCAUGUGAGUACCUGAACAAGUAUCCGAAGCUCCAUGCAAUAUCGUGUGCUUUGGAUGCUUUGAAUUUCUUAAUUAUAUAUAAUUAAUAUUUCAAUAAUAAUCAUGUUAUAUUUUAUAUAACAUUUAAUGAUUAUUGUCAAACACAAUAAAUACACAACAUAAUUUGCAUUAUGUCCCGCCGGAUCUUCGAACGUGCUUUAUUUUGUAAUCCAAUAUGUCGGCAUUGAGGACGCUCUUCGGUAUUCACCGAGAUACAGUUCUUUUAUUGUGCAGUAAACUAAAAAGAUUAAAAAUAAUAUUUUAGUAAGAAACAUAUAAAAUGGCAAAGAAAAAAGAUAUUAAAUUAUCAAGAAUAUAAAAGUAGGAAGAAUACUUCUUAAAGGAAGUUUAACUUCAAAUAAUAAAAAGGUGUAAGAAAACAUGACAGAUGUUAAACCAAUUGGAAUCUCUCAAAAUCAGCCACAACAAACACAACAACAGUCACAACAGCAGCAGCAGCAAUCGCAGCAACAACAGCUGCAGCAACCACAACAAUCACAGCAACAGCAAUCUCAGCCACAACAAAUGAUGAUUGCAACCCAUGAUAUUCAACAACAACAAAAUGUACAGCAACAGCAACAGCAUGUUCAACAGCAAUCAUCUCAGUCGCAACAAGUGCAACAGCAAACACAGCAACAAGUACAGCCACAACAAGUUCAACCACAACAACAAAUUCAACAACAAGUUCAAUCACAACAACAAAUGCAAGUACAACAGCAAGUACAACAAGUACAACAGCAAGUGCAACAACAGCAACAACAACAACAAUCGCAACAACAACAAUCUAACAGUGGACCACAUAACGUUGUUCCUACUCAAGUGCAAGUACAGCCACAGGUAGCAGCAAUUAUGCCUCAACAGCAGGGAGCUGUUGCAGUGUCAAUGCAACAUCAGCAACAAGGAGUUGGAGGUGUAUCUAUGACUUUGUCUGGUCAACAAGGAGCAACAACUAUAACUACUAUGGCUGCACAUCCACAAGCAGUACAAGUUAUUCAACAACCUAUGCAGAAUCAAGCAUAUCAUUUACAACAACUUUAUAAUACACAAGGAACUCCAUUAUUGAUGCCAGGGAAUUUAGCUCUCCAUCCUGCUGGCAUCAAUCCUUCUUCUAUACAGGACACUUUACAGGUUAUAACUGCUGGGAAGCCAUUUCAAUCUGCUGCUCAGUUGACACCUCAUAUGCUAACUACUGCAUCAACACCAGGUCAAGGAGGUGGCCAUCCAGCAGCUGGAGGAACUAAGGUUCAAGGAUUUCCUACAGGCUACUUACCUGUACCUACUUCUGCUACACCUGGAGCAGGGCAAACAUUAGUAUUUGGACAACUUGGUGUAUUGGGUUCCCCACAACCUCCAUCUAUACAACAACAACAGCAACAACAAUCUGCAAAUAAACAAGACCAAGUACAAAAGUAUACUACAUGUACAGCUGCUACUCCAUCCGGAGGACGAGGUGGUAUGCAAUUUGCUCCUUGGCAAUUUACACCACAAGUUGCUUGGACUGGAAUACAACCACCAGCACUUUUAACUAAUCAAAUAUUUAUUAGAGGUCCUACUCAACCUGAUAUGUUUAUACAAAGUCCUCAACCAAUUCAAGCUCAUAAUGCACUAGCUACGCAACAACAAAUUCAAGGAGUACAACAAAUUGCUGCAGCAAGUGGAAAACCAAAGGUAAUGGAUAUACAACAACAACAGCAACAACAGGGUAAACAAAGUACAGGUGGACAACGACCUUUGAGUAUUUUGCCGUCCUCUUUACAAGCAGUUCAAGCUGCUAACAUACGAGCUGCUAGUUCUGUUUCAACACAAACUGUUCAUGGAGUUCAAACUACGGUACAUGUACAGAGUGGAAAAGGAAGCGGUAGUAGUGGUAAAGGUCGUGGUAAACCACUGCAAUCGCCGCAACAGUCACAGCAAACGAUGCAACAACAACAUCAACAGGUUUUUAUUCAACAGCAACAACAGCAGAUGCAGCAACAAUAUCAACAACCACAAGUGCAAUUAUCGCAACCACAAGUGCAAUCACUGCAAUCACCGCAACAAUCGCAGCAAACAAUACAACAACAACAUCAACAGGUUUUUAUUCAACAAAAACAGCAUACGCAACAACAACAACAACAACAGAUGCAACAGCAAUAUCAACAACCACAAGUGCAAUCAUCACAACAACAAAUACAACCUAAACCAAUAAUAACGAAUAUGGCACUACAACAGCAACAACAACAACAACAACCAACAAAUGAAGAGAAUUCUAAACCGAUAUUGAAAAAAGAAGAAUCAAUACCAGUCACAAUAGAAGAAAUUACAGUAUCUCAACCAGAAACGACAGAUGGGGACCAACCUAAAGUGGCCAUAAAAGAUGAAGAAAGUUCAUUAAUAAAAUUGGAAGAAAAGUCAUGUAACAAUCCUUUAGCAGGAUUAGCAAAUACAAUUAAUUCAAUUACAAAUGGUGUCAACAAUGAAGACUCAACAACAAUUCCUGUUUCUGUACCAGUUAGUGCAAAUAGUAAACAUGUACCGCCAAAAGCAAUGGUCAAACCACAAGUUCUUACACAUGUAAUUGAAGGUUUUGUUAUUCAAGAAGCGUCUGAACCAUUCGCAGUUAAUCGAACAUCAUUGAAUAAUACAGUUAAUCAAGAAACAAAUAAUAUUUUAAAUCGUAAUAGUAAUUCAUCAUCUGAAAAAGAAAAUCAUGAAGAACCUCCAAGAAAAAAACAUGCACCUAAUUAUUCUAAUGAUGAAGAUAUAAAUAAUGUUCAAAUUGGAAAAUGUGAAGCUUGUGGUAAUUUAGUAGAUGAACAAAACACUAAAUUUAAAAAAGAGAAACGAUUUUGCUCAUCUGAUUGUGCAAAAAGCAAAAAACGAGAAGUGAGAGAUCGUGAGGGUACUGAAAAACAAUGGACUGAGAUAGAGACUGAAUCUAAAAAUGAUGGAGACAUGAAGAAAAACGGAGAAGAAAAAUCAUUAUCCGCCACUACAACUACUACUUCUUCUGUUGAUGAUACACUGCCGAAAGUUAAUCCUGUAAAAUGGACGGUUGGUGAAGUAUGUGAUUUUAUACGCGGAUUACCUGGUUGUGCUGAUUAUGCAGAAGAUUUUGCUAUUCAAGAAAUAGAUGGUCAAGCAUUAAUGUUACUCAAAGAAGAUCAUCUUAUGUCGGCUAUGAGUAUUAAAUUGGGUCCUGCAUUGAAAAUCGUAGCUAGAAUUGAUUCAAUGCGUGUGGAAUCAUUAUCAAAUUCUAAUCCCACAUCUAAUAGUUCAUAAUGUUUAUCAUUUAAUAUUUUUACUCGCAGAAUUUCAAGUUGCAGCCUGUGGGCUACAGGGUUUGUGCAAGUAUUUGAUCAGAUCAUAGAAUUAAGGUGUUUAACAAAACAUAAAAUGUUUUUAUUAAAAAAAUGAAUAUUUGUUUUUUUUUUUUUUUUCUUUUCUUUAUUUCGUUUGAUCAGAAUGUUCUUUUCUUUAAACGGAAUAAAAUAUUGAUUGUUAAGAAUCGGUACUUCAAAUUUUACUUUUAUGAUUUAAUGAUCGAUCUAUAUAAAACUAAAUUUCAUUAUUUUGUUGGUAUACAAAGUAGCUACAUUAAUAUUUCGGAUAAAUAUAUGUAUUUAAUUUUUUAAGUUCAUUGUAUUAUAUUAACAACAUAUAUAUACACAAAUCCACAUAUAGUAAGUCUUACAUUGUUUGUUACAAAUGUAAAUAGAAUUGAAUAUUUGUGACUUUUCUAGUUUGACAUGUAUGUAUAUUUACUUUUAAAAAUUUUUCUAAAAUAUUGCUGUUUGACUAAUAUAAUGAAAAAACUGAGUACAAAUUAUGUCUAUUACAUAAAAAAAAUAGAAUGUUGUAUAUAAAUAUGAUGUAUUUUGUACUCGAAAACUCCUUUUGGAAGCUGUAUAAAAAAUAUUGCCUUCUGUAAGACUUACGAUAAUUUCAAAAAACAUUUGGCAUUUUUAAAAUGAUUAGGCUUUAUGAUAAAUAGCAAUUUGUGUGCAUGAUUAUAUCACAAUUUUUAAUUGAGAGCAUUUGCGAUAACAUUCUUGACCAUGUAUUACUUUGUAAAUGUAUCAUGUGCACUCAACUUACGUAUGUGUAAAUAUUAAACAUAAAAUGUUUAUUUAAUAUACAAAUUUUAUAACAUAAAA